CGUCGCUCCGCCGCGUAUGAUUCAUAAGGGUCGGGACCGCUGCCUUCAGGAAGAGAAGCGAAAUUUUCCACGCCCGGAGAUGCUGGAGGUCGGCCUGCGAGUCGUCCGCGGCCAGGACUGGAAAUGGGACGAUCAGGAUGGCGGCGAGGGCCACGCCGGGACGAUAGUGGAGAUCGGCAGGCCCCCCUCCGCGGGAAACUCCACCUCCAGCCCGAAUCCCACCGACCGGACGCCGGACAAGACGGUCAUCGUUCAAUGGGACCACGGCGCGAGGAGUAACUACAGGAUCGGCUACCAGAACGCCUACGACCUCCUGGUGUUCGACAACGCGGCCGCUGGCGUCAAGCACUCCAACAUCAUCUGCGACGGCUGCAAGAGGCACGGGAUAAUCGGCAUCAGGUGGAAGUGCACCGAGUGUUUCGACUACGACCUCUGCACGCAGUGCUACAUGGCCGACGUGCACGAGUCGACGCACACCUUCGAGCGAUAUCAGACUGCGAAUUCCGUGGGAGUCCGUCUGGGGCCGAGGGAAGGGUGCGCCAAGAUACCGCUCAAGGGGAUCUUCAUAGGGGCGAAGGUGAUUCGCGGGCCGGAUUGGGAGUGGGGAAAUCAGGACGGCGGACGUGGGAAAACCGGCAGAGUCAUGGACAUACGCGGAUGGGACAACGAGAGCAGCCGGUCCGUCGCGACCGUCACGUGGUCCACAGGCAGCACCAACGUGUACCGGUUAGGCUUCAAAGGCUGCGUGGAUCUGUGCUACGUAGAGGAGGCCGAUGCUGGUACUUACUACAAGGAGCACCUGCCGUUGCUCGGCCAGCCGGUCCUGACCGUGCCGGAUAACGGAAACAGCACGACACCGACGAAGAACGGUGUCGCCAGCAUCGCGUCUAGUCCGCACCCUUUAACGUUCAACGUUGGCGACAAGGUGAAAGUGCUAAUGGAGGUUGAUACGUUAAAGGAGAUGCAGGAUGGACACGGUGGAUGGAACCCGCGUAUGGCUGAGUACAUAGGAAAGAUCGGCACGGUGCACCGGAUUACGGACAAAGGAGACAUUCGCGUGCAGUACGAGGGCUGUCAUAAUAGGUGGACCUUCCACCCGGGUGCUCUGACGAAGGUUACCGCUAAGGACGCGUUCUCUCUUGGCGAUAUAGUCCGCGUGAAGAGCGAUCUGGCCGCCGUCAAGCAAUAUCAACGUGGCCACGGUGAAUGGAUAGACGUGAUGAAAAAUGCUCUGGGGAAAACCGGGAAAGUAAUUAAAAUCUAUUCCGAUGGCGACUUGCGCGUGGCGUUGGACAUACACGGUCACACAUGGACGUUUAAUCCUCUGAGUGUCGUCCCGGUGUCUUCCGGCGCGAACGCCACGAGCGCCACGACUGCCCACGUGCAGUGCGUGAGGGUAUUGCUGCGAUUUCAUUGCGACGUUAAUCUCCAGGACUCGUACGGCGAUACAGCGUUGCACGACGCGAUCGGAAAGGACGCGUUGGACGUGAUCGACGCGUUAUGCACCUGUGACAGGGUUGACUUCACGUUGCGAAACAAACGGGGCUUCAACAUCCUCCAUCACGCCGCGCUCAAGGGCAACGCUCAUGCAACGGAGAGGCUGGUUGCACGCGCGCGUCACUUGGUGGACGUGAAAAAGGAGGAUGGAUUUGCAGCGUUGCACCUGGCGGCGUUAAACGGACACAGGGAAGUUGCAGCUAUUCUUCUGUCACAGAACGGCGGCCGCGCAAAGGUCGAUCUGCGCAACAAUCGGCGGCAAACGCCGUUGCACCUGGCGACUUCGCAGGGCCACUGGUCGCUCGUUGAGCUGCUGGUGCAUCACAACGCGGACGUCGGCAGCACAGACGAGGACGGUGACACCGUGCUACAUAUCGCGAUAGCCAAGAGCCCGAAUCAACAGACUGCCGUGCCUACAUCCGAAAGUAGCCGGGAUUCACCGCUAAUAUAUGCCAUCUGGCAGAACCUGGCGAGGCAAGGCGCAAAGACUGAAUUAGCAUUAGCUUGUUUCCUGGUAAGCGUGGACAGAAGUUGUAAACUCCUUGAGCAGGUCAGAAACAACAAGGACAAGACGCCGCUCGAUCUUCUGGAAGGCACUCCACAGGCCACUCUGCUCGCCGAUCUUUUACGCUCUUACAAAUACCAAAGUCACAGCACGCAAUUAGAGAUAGAGAACAAUCCAUCAACCGGUUACGUUGAGCCACCUACGUAUCGGAUAGACAACAUAUCGCAGUCGGAAGGAUUGCGUGGCGCGAAGAAGAAUGUAGCCGGUUCUGGCGACGCAGCGGAGUGUCGGAAUUGCUCGGGGAUUAUAGCAGACGCGAAGCAGGAGAACCGAAUUGAUCCUAGCAGUAGCGUUACGCUCGUUGGUUGUGCACGUUGCGGCCAUACCGUCGUUAAAACGCAAGCGCUUCAAGACGGUCAGCUGGCGACAGGUGAGGGUUCCAUAGCCAAUCCGGAGGACAGAUCGAAGGACUCGUUGGAGGGCAAACGGAAGGAGGAGAUCGUCGACAGGGAGAAGGAAAAGGACAAGGAUCUCGAACGACUACGUUACUUGGAGACCAGAGUCGCGGAUCUCGAGGAAGCGAAUAUGUGCAGCAUCUGCAUGGAGCGUCGUCGUAUGACGCCGGCUGAAUCGAGAAAGUCUAUGGACUCACUGUCUAUGGACAAGUCAGGUACCACUUUUCAUAAAAAGAAGAAGAAGAAGAAGAAGCAUUUCAAGUCAACGCUCCAAAUCCGUGACUUCACAAUGCAACGGAGACCGCGCUCGCCGAUUGUAACUCGUCACUUGAUGGACGGACUCACGCCGUUGCAUCUGGCGGCGUACAACGGGGACAAACACUUUGCGACUGUCCUCUUCUUGGACAACCGGGGUCAAGCGAUGGUCGAUCUGGGCAACAGUCGACAGCAAACGCCGUUGCACCUGGCGACUUUGCAGGGACACUGGUCGCUCGUCGAGCUGCUGGUGCAGCACAACGCGAACGUCGGCAUCGUCAACGACAAAGGUGACACCGCGCUGCACAUUGCGAUAGCCAAGAGCCUGGAACAACAGCCUACCGAGCCUACACUCCAAUGUAGGCAGGAUUCACCGCUGAUAUAUGCCAUCUGGCAGAAGCUGGCGAGGCAAGGCGCAAAAACUGAAUUGGCAUUGGCUUGCUUCCUGGUAAGCGUGGACAAAAGUGGUACACUCCUCGAGAAGGCCAGAAACAACCAGAAGAAGACGCCGCUCAAUCUUCUGGAAGGCGCUCCACAGGCCGCUCUGCUCGCCGAUCUUUUACGCUCUUACAAAUACCAAGGUCACAGCACGCAGUUAGAGAUAGAGAACAAGCCAGCGACCAGUCACUUCGAGCCGGCGUCUUCUGGCACGAACGUCACGCCAGUCACGCGUGAUAAUGCGAACGAGACUAGAAGUCGUUCGACCGAAGGUGCGUACAGUGACGUGGAGGAGCUGUUGAAGGACGCGGAUAAAAGCAAGGCAGGCGUGGAUGUGAAGCGAGAAUUCCCCGAGAUUUAUCCUAGCGGGGUGAACGCGCGUACUCUCAUAGGCAGAGAAACGUACCUUCACGUGGCCGCGUGCCAAGGUUGGCAUGAGCUCUGCACCCUCAUUCUGAACACCGACGUGACCUCUGUGCACGCGACCGACAAGAAUGGAAAUACGCCGUUGCAUUACGCGGCAUUCGGGUACGUUGGAAAUGGUUGCUGGAUCUUCGUCAGCGUCAGUUACAUACGUGUUCUCUCUUUCAAUUACACAGGACUCAGCCUGAUAAUAGAGAUGCUGUUGUCGCGUGGCGCGGCUAUCAAUGCCGUCAACGACAGCAAAUGUAGCGCUCUACAUGUGGCGGUUAACAAGCGGCACGAGAAGGGUGUGAGGGUGCUACUGUUGCAUGAAUGCCAUGUCAAUCUCCAGAAUGCGCACGGCAAUACGGCGUUGCACGAAGCGAUCGAGAGGAAUGCGCUGAACGUGCUCGAGAUGUUGUCUGCCCAGGCGACGGUUGACUUCACACUACGGAACGACCUGGGCUGCAACGUCCUGCAUCUUGCCGCGCUCAAAGGCAACGCUCAUGCGAUGGAGAGGCUGGUUCUAUAUGCACGUAAUGCGCAAUUAGUGGACGUGAAAAGGGAGGACGGUCUCGCAGCGUUGCAUCUUGCAGCGUGGCACGGACACCGGGAAGUUUCGGCUAUCCUUCUUUCGGAGAAUCGUGGCCGCGCGAUGGUCGAUCUGCGUAACAAUCGGCGACAAACGCCGUUGCACUUGGCGACUUUGCAUGGACACUGGUCGCUCGUAGAGUUGCUAGUGUAUUACAACGCGGACCUCGGUAGCACGGACGAAGACGGUAACACUGUGCUGCACAUCGCGAUAGCCGAGAGCCUGAAGCAACAGACUGCUAUACUUACACCCGAAUAUAGGCGCGAUUCACCGCGUAUACACGCUGUAUGUCGUCCAAGUAAUAACUUUAACUUCAUCUCUUUGUUUUUGACCUCAAGGAGUACGCCAUUUUUAUCCACGCUUAUCAGGAAACAAGCUAAUGCUAAUUCAGUCGUUUGCGUUUUGCUUCUCCAGUUUCUGCCAGAAAGAAAAAAAAGACAGAAGGAGAAGAGAAACUUCGAAGCAUUUAUCUGGCAGAAACUAGAGAAGCAAAACGCAAAGACUGAAUUAGCAUUAGCUUGUUUCCUGAUAAGCGUGGAUAAAAAUGGCGUACUCCUUGAGGUCAAAAAACAAAGAGAUGAAGACGCCGCUCGAUCUUCUGGAAAGAUAGAGAACAGUCUAUCCCGCAAUCGACGUCCACUAACCCGUUAUGUUAAGCCACCCACAUAUCGGAUAGAGAACGAAGUGCAGCGGAAAAGAUUGCAUGACGUGAACAUAGCCGGUCCCAGCAACGCUUCGAAGUAUCGAGAUAGGGUCAUAGCAGGAACAAAACAGCAGAAACACAUUUGUCCUUGUAUUAGUGACUGUCAACUGGCGACAGAUGAGAUUUCCAUGACCAAUUCGGAGGAUGCAUCAUCGGAAAGCACACAAAAGGAGGGAUUAAGCGACAUGAAGGAGAACGACUCGAUUCUCGAACGAUUACGUUACUUGGAGAUCAAAUUAGCAAAUUUCGAAGAAACUGUUAUUGCUUACAUCUGCAUGGCACGUAAUCGUAACGCCAUUUUUCUUUGCGGACAUGGACAUGCGUGCGACCACUGCGCUGCAUUGCUGAAUAUUUGUCACAUGUGCCGUAUGAAAAUCAAAAAGAGGAUCACUUUGUAUUAGAAGAUUGAUAAUCGCAUUAAUUAUAAUGUUCGGACGUUGAUUCCCCAUGUGUUACGCGCGUGUACAGCAUUUUGGAAGGAAGGACGGUACCAAAGAUAAUAAUAAUGAAACUCUCUUGUUUAUACUUUUAAACAAUUCAGACUCUACGCUACUUGGGACGACAGACAUGAUUGGAGAAAUUUCCUUAUUCCCUGUAAUGCGCGUUUCUUCGGAGACACUUUGUUUAUUUGCAACGCGAAACUUUAACUGCGAUAUUAGUAUAGGAAAAUGUUCGUCAAUUGUGAUCGUAACGAUGCGUGCGUUACAUUGUGUGCUGAAAGAAAUAAACUGUAUAUUUCUUAUAGAUGAACUUUAAUCUAAUUUAAUGCAUCCCUCGUAUAUGUUUCCUUCCUUUAAAUUUUGAAUAACGAAAAAGAUUUCUCCUUCGUAGUGCUUGCUAAUCGUGUCGACAUAAAAACGAUGAACA